AUGAUUGUCUCGAUCUUGGCCACAACGGUCUUAUUAGGCGUUCUCGAGGCCGUUUGCCCACUUUCGGGUCGGCCAAGGGGUGAUGACUGCAUCUUCGACCUCGACGUCAAGUUGGGAUUCAUGGAGGCGCGGAAGAUUUGCCGCAGCCUGAAUUCCACCUUGGACAUCUCGCACAAGCAUCGCGACGUGGCUCUGCGAGCGGGAUCACGUAAAACUUCG